AUGGUCAUGUCAGGGAUGAAGAAGAGGUAUCCAAGCACACACAGUCCGUCCCAGGCCACAGAUCCCUUCUGUGCUGCUGAGGAACAUUGCAUGGAUGCCCUGUACCUUCAGGGAAUGAGUUCUUCCUUUUCGAUCUCUCUUCAUAAGGUGGAUAACAUCACAGUUAAGAUUAAAAUGAGACCUGGUGUUUUAACAACCUGUCAAAUUCGUCUUAAAAAUUUCAGCGUGUCUGAACUCAAGAUAAAGCCUGGGGAGAUCGUGACUUUUACCUUCACUUGUGGUAAUCCAGAGAAGUAUUUCACCAUGGAAAUUCAGAAAAAUAUUGACUGUGUGUCAGGCCCGUGUCCCUUUGGAGAUGUUUACCUUUACCCACCGGGGCUACCUCACCUUAACAGGACUUUCAUCUGGGACGUGAAGGCCAGUACAAAGGCUGGACUUGAACUGAAAUUUUCUACCCCGUGGCUAAGACAGAUUGAACCAGGAGAGAGGUGCCCCGAUUCCAUUAGCUACAACAUCAACAGCUGUAUCGAUAUGGCCACAGUCAACAUUGGCACCUUCUGCAGGAAUGGCUCGGUGUCUCGCGUCAAGCUGCUGGGAGGAGUCGUCAUGUCUCUGCACCUCCCAUGGGACUCAUCUCUCACCAGCUCGGGCUUCAACAUAGCUAACAGGGCUUCCAUAAAACGGUUAUGCAUUAUUGAAUCCAUUUUGAAGGGAGAGUCUUCAAUCACCCUGAUGUCCCCAAACUAUCCACUGGGCUUUCCAGAAGACGAGCUCAUGACGUGGCAGUUUGUGGUUCCUUCCAACAUGAGAGCAAGUGUCUUUUUCCACAACUACAGCCUCUCCAACUGCGAAAGGAAAGAGGAGAGGGUGGAGUACUACAUCCCCGGCUCCCUCAGCAACCCAGAGGUGUUCAAGCUGAGCGACAGCCAGCCUGCCAAUAUUGCUGGCAGUUUCAACCUGUCCCUGCAGGGCUGCGAUCAGGAUGCUCAGAACCCGGGCAUCCUCCGCUUGCUCUUCCAAGUCAUCGUUCAGCACCCGCAGCUUGAUGAGAAUGUCACCCAUUUGGUUGACCUGAGCAAGGAAUGGAAUAUGACUGUAACAAUACACUUCGAAGGGUGGCCCAGCCACAUCCCGCUCAUGUCUGAACCGAUAUGCCUGAUCUGUAAGGAUCCUCGCACCUGCGACCGCGUCAUGACUUUAGUGUCUGGCACCGUCUACAAGAUCUCCUUUCUGUGCAAGGACUUGUCCCGUCUGAGGAUCACAGCUGAAAAAGGCAUAGGCUGUGUUGAUCUUCAGUGGUGUCAGAAGAAGAUCUAUUCCCUUUCGGUGCCCAAGGCUAUUACCCAACUGCCGAUUCGACUGCAUAAGUUUAUUUGGAGGCUCUUGGCUCCUGAUCUGAUCAACAUAGAAAUUACAUCUCCGUCCUUGAAACUUCAGCAGCACGUCCCAGAGCAGAGGUGCAACACAAGCUACAGUUACAGCAUUGUUAGUGCCACCUCAGAGACGGAGUUGAAUGUUGGUAUAUUCUGUCCUGGUGGAUCCAUAGAAAAGAUUCAGAUGAGGAAUAAUGUCACCAUAUCCUUAAAAACGUUUGGUAAAGGAUUCCUCAAUGAGUCUAACCAUCAGGAUCUGAAAAUGUCUUUUGUGCCACAUAUUAAAGAUGAGUGCAUUUUCACUGUGAGUCCAGAUCCAAAAGCUAAAGUUUACUUGCAGACUCCCAACUGGCCAUACGGUCUACCUCCUUAUGUCUCCAUAUCCUGGCACGUCAUCGUGCCCAGUAAACAAGUUGCCCACCUAGGGUUCUCCAAGGACCGCAUGGGCAUUGCUUGUGAGACAGGCCGUGCCUAUGUCAACAUAAAGGAAGAGACAUCGGGGGCAGAGGAAACCGUGCGCCGUGAGGAUGAGCUUCUGCCCAAGCCCCGAAAUAUGUAUCACAACUUCUGGGUAAAUGUCUCCAACUGUAAACCUGUGGAUAAGACACAGCUGACCUUGCAGUUCUGGGUGACUUUUGCUGACAAGCAGAUAGACCUAGGAGUGAUACUUGCUGUGGUGGCUGGGGCUGGAGUUCUCAUGGCUAUUGGACUCACUGUGUGCUGCGUUAAGAAGAAGAAGAAGAAAAGCCAGAAUCCCAUGGUGGGAGUGUACAAUUCUAACGUGAAUACCCAGAUGCCUGGAAAACGAGGCUUAUUCCCAAAAGAGAGGAAAAACAACGAGUCUCAUGUCUAUGCAGUUAUUGAUGAUGCUGUGGUCUACGGGCACUUGCUGAAGGAAUCCAAUGGCUCAGUCACUCCAGAAGUUGAUGUGUACCGGCCUUUUGAUGGACCUGUUGGUAGCUUGCCACCUUCUCCACCUCCAUUCUCCUUUAGAAAAGACAUUAAACGCUCUUCUAACACUGAGGAACCUCCACCUCUGAUGGACACAGACCAUGACGCUUACACAUUUGCUCAUCAGAAAUCAGGGCAACCAGAGGACAAUGGAGAUACAACGGAAAAGAAUAAUGGAGAUACAAGCAUGUCCUUGCUGGAAAAUAAGGAACAGGACGGUUUAGUGGAGUAA